UCUCGAAAUCCAAUGUAAGAUAAAGAUAAACACAAACAAUACAGCUUACACUUCAAUUAAAUUCUUCAAAACCUUCACCUAAACAAAUCCACCACCAUUCUCUUGUUAUCUUUCUCUCUCCAAAUCUCAACAACAUGAACAAUUUAGACACAGAGAAAGUAACCGCCAUAGAAGAAGACGAAGAAGAAGAAGAAGAAGUAUCACCUGUUGAAGAAGUUCGUUUAACCGUAACCAACAAAGAUGAUCCGAGCCAACCCGUAUGGACAUUCCGUAUGUGGUUCUUAGGACUGAUUUCAUGUUCACUCUUAUCAUUCCUCAAUCAAUUCUUCGCUUACCGAACAGAGCCACUCAUCAUUACUCUCAUAGCCGUUCAGGUUUCAACGCUUCCUAUCGGACACUUCAUGGCGACGGUUUUACCCUCUACAAAAUUUGGAAUACCCGGGUUCGGGUCGAAAAUGUUUUCGUUUAACCCGGGUCCGUUUAACAUGAAGGAACACGUGCUUAUUACUAUUUUUGCUAAUGCUGGAAGCGCAUUUGGAUCGGGUUCGCCAUAUGCUGUUGGUAUUGUUAAUAUUAUCAAAGCGUUUUAUGGCCGUUCGAUCUCUUUUCAUGCUGCUUGGCUUCUCAUUAUUACCACUCAGGUUUUAGGUUACGGGUGGGCUGGAUUGCUCCGGAAGUACGUAGUGGAACCAGCCCAUAUGUGGUGGCCCAGCACCCUCGUCCAAGUUUCACUUUUCCGGGCUUUGCAUGAGAAAGAUGAUGGCCACAGAAUAUCACGGGCAAAGUUUUUCUUCAUAGCACUAGUAUGUAGCUUUUCAUGGUAUGUGAUACCUGGAUACUUCUUCACAACACUCACAAGCAUAUCAUGGGUCUGUUGGGUAUUCUCCAAAUCAGUCACAGCUCAACAACUAGGCUCAGGAAUGAAAGGCCUUGGAAUUGGAGCAUUGACACUUGAUUGGUCUGCUGUGGCAUCAUUCUUGUUCAGUCCUCUUAUCUCACCAUUCUUUGCAAUUGUCAAUGUUUUUGUGGGCUAUGCAAUAAUAGUCUAUGCUGUAACUCCCAUCGCAUAUUGGGGCCUAGAUACUUACAAUGCAAAAAGAUUUCCAAUUUUUUCCUCUCACUUGUUCACUUCCCAAGGUCAAAAAUACAACAUUUCUGCUAUUGUUAAUGACAAGUUUGAGCUAGAUUUUGCAAAGUACAGAGAACAAGGUAGAAUUCAUCUAAGUGUGUUUUUCUCUCUCACUUAUGGCUUUGGAUUUGCCACUAUAGCAUCCACCCUUACGCAUGUUGGCUGCUUUUAUGGAAGGGAGAUUGUGGAGCGUUAUCGGGCUUCUUCUAAGGGUAAAGAAGAUAUUCACACAAAAUUGAUGAAAAGAUACAAAGACAUACCUUCUUGGUGGUUUUAUGCGUUGCUGGUUGUAACCCUUCUUGUUUCUCUAGCACUAUGCAUCUUUCUCAAUGACCAAAUUCAAAUGCCUUGGUGGGGACUUCUCUUUGCAGGAGUUUUAGCUUUUGCAUUUACUCUCCCUAUCAGCAUUAUAACUGCCACCACAAACCAGACACCUGGGUUGAAUAUCAUCACCGAGUAUGUCUUUGGUUUGAUUUACCCUGGAAGACCAAUAGCAAAUGUAUGCUUCAAAACCUAUGGUUACAUUAGCAUGGCACAAGCAGUCUCAUUCCUUAGUGAUUUCAAGCUAGGACACUACAUGAAAAUCCCUCCAAGAUCAAUGUUCUUAGUUCAGUUCAUAGGUACAAUUCUUGCCGGAACCAUCAACAUCGGAGUAGCAUGGUGGUUGCUGAACUCUAUUGAGAAUAUAUGUCAUGAUGAUCUCCUUCCACCAGGUAGUCCAUGGACAUGUCCAGGCGACCGCGUAUUCUUCGAUGCAUCGGUUAUUUGGGGUUUGGUAGGACCAAAAAGGAUCUUUGGUUCAAAAGGAAACUACAGUGCAAUGAAUUGGUUUUUCCUUGGAGGUGCAAUAGGACCUAUAAUUGUUUGGUUAUUCCAUAGAGCAUUUCCCAAACAAUCAUGGAUUCCCCUAAUUAACCUUCCAGUUCUACUUGGAGCAACUGCUAUGAUGCCACCAGCAACACCAUUGAACUACAAUGCAUGGAUUUUAGUUGGAACAAUUUUCAACUUCUUUGUAUUCCGUUACAGAAAGAAAUGGUGGCAGAGGUACAACUAUGUUCUAUCAGCAGCACUUGAUACUGGGGUUGCUUUUAUGACUGUUUUGCUUUACUUUUCAUUGGGUUUGGAAAACAGAAGUAUUAGUUGGUGGGGAAAUGAUGGCGAACAUUGUCCACUUGCAUCUUGUCCAACUGCAGAAGGCAUAGUGGUUGAUGGUUGCCCAUCAAACUAGUGAUUCUAUUCCAUUUUAAUUAAUGGUUUCAUUACUUACAAUUAAUAGUACCACGAAUGAAAAAAACAUGUAUUAAGAAAUGCAAAAUGUAAUGCAUAAAAACUAUGUAAAUAGUUAGUGUUAUAUGGUUUUAUUGUACUUAUUGAUGUGCUUUCUUAUUGGGGGUAUAAUGAUAUUAAGUUGUUGUAAUCAUCUUAUUUCAAUAAAGAAGACAAGGGAGAAUAGAAACGAUUGUGUUCAA